AUGCGUUUCCAAACCUUGACUGCCCUCUCCCUUACCAGCCUUUUCCCUUUAUCAUGGGCUGCAGAGUGCUGGAACCGACACGCCUUUCGCCAGGACUGCGUGUCUAGAGAUCAUUUGAACGAGGAGGCAUGGCAUUGGUGCCACAGCCACUAUAACACCCUGGACGGCGACUGGCAAGAUCUUAGUCCUUUCCCUCAUGUCAAAAUUGGGAAGAUUGGAAAUUUCCCCGAUGCCGCCACUUGCGUUGACGCUUGGAAGGAUGCUACCAUCUGUGACGAUCCUGGCUCUGGCCUUCACGAUGCUGGAGCCUCGACUUGGGUUUGGAAGAACCCCGAUGGGAGCGUUGGAGAGGCCACCCUUCAAAUUAUCUUCUGCAAGGUGGUGAUCUAA